CUAACUUUUUGUUAGAGAGUUGUUUGGAUGAGGCAAUAAUGUAGAGGUUGUUAGUUUAUGUUAAUGGUUUCUGGAAUGGUUGGUUUUGGUGGCUUUGAUAAGUGGGUGCUGUUGUACUGAAGGUAGAAUAGAAAAUGGAAAGAAGUGGGUUUAUGUUGUGGAGAGUGGGAUUGCUGGUUUUGACAUUGUUGGAAGGUUCUUCUGCAACUCUUUCUCGUUCUGGUAUAAACUAUGAAGUGGUGGCUUUGAUGGCUAUAAAAAAUGCUCUCAAUGACCGAUACAAUGUUUUGGAGAACUGGGAUAUUAAUUCAGUAGAUCCUUGUUAUUGGAGGAUGGUUACUUGCUCUGCUGAUGGUUAUGUCUCUGUUUUAGGAUUGCCUAGCCAAAGCUUGACUGGGACUCUAUCGCCUUCAAUUGCUAACCUCAGUAACUUGCAAUCUGUGUUGCUACAGAAUAAUGCUAUUUCUGGUCCUAUUCCUGCUGCAAUUGGGAAGUUGGAGAAGCUUCAGACACUUUAUCUCUCUAGCAAUAAGUUUAAUGGUGAAAUACCCAGUUCAUUGGGAGACCUCAAGAACCUGAAUUAUUUGAAACUAAACAACAAUAGCCUUACUGGAUCCAUUCCAGACACUCUGUCCAAAGUUGAAGGUCUCACACUUGUAGACCUUUCUUUCAACAACUUCAGCAGUUCCGUGCCAAAAAUUGAUGCACGAACUUUCAAGAUAAUUGGCAACCCAUUAAUUUGUGGGCCUAAUUCAGAUAACAACUGUUCUGUGGUCUAUCCCGCGCCUGUUUCCUUCCCGCCAGAUGGUGUCAAAGAUGGGUCAGAAUCAGGGACAAAGAGCCACCGUGUGGCUGUCACUUUUGGCGUGAGCUUUGGUGCUGCCUUUUUAAUUAUCGUAAUCAUUGGAUCAUUUGUUUGGUGGAGAUAUAGACACAACCAGCAAAUUUUCUUUGAUGUUAAUGGUUAG